AUGGGAGAUAAUACCUACCGAGAAUAUUUACAUCAGGUUGCAGAUAGUGUUCAUUCAAUCAUUGUUAGGAAAUUUGGAAUUCCAUCACUUUCAGAUAGGGAUGCAGAAAAUGAUUUGAAAAAACCAAAACUUUCACAAGAACAUUGCAGCAAUGAUUUGAGAAAUUCUCUUGUUUCAAAUCCUUCACAUGCCAUUCCAAUUGAAGAUGCCAAUGCAAUCUCUCUGAUGGAUUUCAAAAAGAAAUAUUUCAAUACACAUACUCCAUGCCUCCUCAAGAAUGCCUCCAAAAAUUGGGAAGCUUACAGAAAAUGGAGUGAUGUUAAUUAUCUAUUGGAAAAGGCAGCUUACCGAGCCGUUCCAGUAGAAAUUGGACAAUACUAUACCUCUGAGGAUUGGUCUCAAAAAAUCAUGCCAUUCCACCAAUAUGUGAAAGAGUACGUCAUGGAGGGAAAUACUCAAAUUGGCUACCUUGCUCAGCAUCCUCUCUUUGAACAAAUUCAUUCACUUCGUAAAGAUAUUCAGGAACCAAUAUAUUGCAUGUUGGGAGAGUUGGGUGAAAUGUCUGGAGUCAAUGCUUGGUAUGGACCGAAAGGAACCAUCUCACCACUUCAUACAGAUCCAUGCGAUAAUAUUCUAGUUCAACUGGUUGGCCACAAAUUUGUGAGAAUUUACCACCCAGACGAAACACCUCAUCUCUAUAAGAGACAAUCCGGAAUACUUCAAGCCAACACAAGUGAAAUUGAUAAUUUACACUUGUUACAAUUUGAGGAAGAGGAAAGAAAGAUCUUGAAUGAGAAAUUCCCAUUGAUUUCAAAAGCAACACAUUAUUGGGAUUGCACCUUGUGCGAGGGCGACAUGUUAUUCAUUCCCAAACUAUAUUGGCACUAUGUUCAAUCUCUAUCGAUUAGUUUUUCAAUCAGUUAUUGGUUUGUUUGA